UUGCAAAGGCCUUGCAGCUUUGCUGGAUUCUGUGUUUUGGACUGUGGAGAGCGAAGCACACCCCUGGACGAUACAAGUCCUAAGACACAGAAGGAUAAAACAUGUCGGAUAUUUUGUGCCAGUGGCUCAACUCUGAGCUCAGAAUAUCGAAACAUGUGGAGCCGAGUUCAUUUGCCAAAGAUUUCAGCACCGGAUAUCUGAUUGGCGAAGUCCUGCACAAAUACCAGCUUCAAGACGAUUUCGACCUCUUUUCAAAAAGCAAGACAGCUGAUUCCAAACUGAACAAUUUCACCCGGGUGGAGCCCACGCUGCAGUUGCUGGGAGUCCCCUUUGACCUGAGGAUUGCCCAGUCCAUCAUGUCGCAGCAGCACGGCGUGGCCACCCGGCUGCUCUACCAGCUGUACAUUGUUCUGCAGAAGAAGAAGAAAGCGGGGCUCACGGGAGUGGCCCUCGAGACCUUACAGCCGACAGCGCUGGCAAAGCUGCAGAGCAUCGAGAGAGAGAUAUACAACGAUCGUCUGAGAGGAGCAGUUCAGCGUGAGGCAGAUAUCAGACUUCAGAAAACAUCACAGAGAUAUGAGUUGAAAGCGAAAGAGAUUCAAGAUAAAGUAUCCCUUGUGCGUUACCAAGAGAUGCAGAAAAUGCAGAAACUGCAAAAUGAUCUACGACUUCAGAGUAUUGAGAAGCAUCGGCUUGCUCGGAAAAGACAGAACGAGAUUAUGGCCAGGAUACAAGCUGCCAUUGUUCAGAUUCCCAAACCCCCACCUCGGCGGACUCUUAAAGCUAUCGAACUUCGUAAGCAGCAAAAGAAGCAGCUGGAGGCUCAGGAUGUGUACAGUGAGAUCCUGCAGUUUGAGAAAGUGAGAAGGAAGCUGUCUCCAUCUGCAGGUGUCACUUCCUCUCUCAGUGCUUUGCAAGGGUCCUUCCAGACAGAUGGACAGAGCACGAAGUUCCUCUCCCCCAGCUGGGAGGAGAAAGCGCAGGCCAGCAGCCUGUACAUCCUGAAGAUCCGUCAGCGCCUGGAGGAAGACGCGGCUGCCAGGGAGCAGAGAGAGAAGCGGCGCCGCAAAGUCCUGGUGGAGCAGUUCAGGGCCCUUGAGGCUCAAGAGGAGACAUAUCGGGAGGAGCAGCUGGUGAACCGGCUGACGAAGCAGUCCCAGCAGGAGCGCCGGCUGGCCGUGCAGCUGAUGCAAGUCCGUCAUGAGAAGGAAGUUGUCCGAAGGAACCGCAUCUUUCGGGAGAAGCAGUACGAGCAGCAGAGGCUGAAGGAGUUUCAGGAGGCUCUCGACAGGGAAGCGGCACUGGCUAAGCAGGCCCAGAUUGACCACAUGGAGGAGAUUCGUAAGGAAAUUGAGCUCCAUGACAAGAUUGCUGCAGAGAGGGCAGAGGCUCGCUACCGAAAGCACUACAGUGUUUGCCAGGAGGUUCUCAGCCAGAUGGUUGACCUUGUGACCAAAGUUGGAGAGUACCGGGAGCUGACCAACAAUCUGAUACCUGCUAAGCUGAUGCAGGAAUGGAAGGAGCUCUUCUAUAAUGGGAAGCCCCUGUAUGAGCAGGCCUCUGUUGACCCAUUGCCACCCGAGCCCACCCCUGAACAGAUACUAGAGCUGGAAAAAAUGGCAAUACUGGAUAACCAGGAUUAUGAGGACUACCAGCAUAUGACUGGGGAAUGGGCUGCGCCAGAUGACUGCGAAGUGAAAGAGCCUCUGCCCAAGAGCAACAUCUUGGGCCAUGUGGUAUACAGGCUGCUCAACAUCAUAAAUCCCCCUCAGCCAACCAGCCCAUCCCCCCACUUCCCCCCCUUCACUCUGAAGGCGUGUGUUCUAGGAAAACUGUUCUCCGGAAAAACCUCCUGCCUGGAAAAAAUUGCCAAAGCUUAUCACAUCCAGAUUCUGUCAGCCAACACGAUGAUUCGAGAAGCAGUCAAUGCCUUUCAGGACAAUGAAAUGGCUGAGGCCCUGCCAGAGUUGAGCAAUUCUGGGAAGGAAAGAGAGCUCUCUGCUCGAGCCCAGCUUGGUGCUGUUGUAGAGAAGAUUCUUAAAAAGGGGAAGAGUGUUCCAGAUGAGCUGCUGGUUGACAUCAUCGUUGAAGCCAUCAGACAUGUUCCUGCAGAAACAGGCUGGAUUUUGGAUGGCUUCCCAGUGGAUAUCAAUCAAGCAAAGCUUCUGGAGAAAGCCCUGUCUGGGACUGAUCCAGACAAAGCGGGUUCCAAAAAGAGUAAAGCCAAAAGCUCUUCGAUUGUGGUUGACCCAAAUGCUGCAAAAGAACCACCACGUCCUUCACCUGCUCUGGAUCUGGCUCUGCUCCUCGAAGUGUCUGAUGACCUGGUACUGGACCGUGCUGCAAAGAAGACAUAUACAGGAGGAUCUGGGCCUGGUCAAGAGGUAUACCACCCGUCCCAAGAAGGACCUUUAACUAAUGUGGGAGUUAAAGACCAGUUCGUACCAAUAAGAGAUCUGUCUCUAGAAAAGCGACAAAUACAGCACAGGAUCACUGCUUUCCAUGACACCUGGCCCAAGCUGGAGAAGUGGUUUGCCCUCCAACAGAACAUCUUAGUGAAGGUGACCGCCGAGGAGGAUGAAGAAACAGUCUUUAAAAAAGUGGAGUCUGUUUUAUUGGAAGCCAUGAUCAGUAAGAACAAAAAUGGGAAGGAAAUUGUGCAGGAAGAUAAACCGUCAAUAGAGAGCCCUGUCUCGGAUGUGCCACCUCCUGCCCCUGUUCCAGAAACAAAACCCUCAGCUACUGUAGUCGCAACAGAAGGCAUGGAAGUGAAACCCUCUAGAUCUAAGUCUGCCACCAGAUCCUCUAAAGGUUCCCGGAGUCGAAGCAGUUCUGCCAAGGACAGGAAGGGAAGGAAGGCCAGCAUACCAGAGGGAAAGGAGGUUACCAAGAAGGUCUCCAAGUCAGGGUCAGGCUCUGCCCAGGGCAAGACCACAAGAGCAUCUGAGUCUUCUACCUCUGAAAUGGCCCCUCAGCCUGCCCCCACAGUAUCCCCGUCUCCCAAGCCAGGCUCCGAUAAGUGGGUCUAUGUGGAUGAGCUCCUUCCCAAGGAGAUACCUGAAUAUCUCGUUCCGUACUGGGAGAAUGUGUGUGACUCUUACAUUACCAAUGUCAAGAUGGUAAUGCGCAACCUGCGCUCUGAAGGCUAUCUGAUCAUCCACCACUUAUAUGACAUCAGGGAGGAGUUCAAGGAGUUCCUCAGACGCCCUGACCACAAGCAGGAGUUUGUGUCCCAGUGGCAGCAGGACUACAAUAGCAUCCCUGAUGACAUGAGAGAUGACGAGGAAACCAAGGCUGAACUCCACCAGCGGCUUGAUGAUCUGCGGGAACGCUUGUGGGACAUCUGUGACAACCGGAGGGAGGAGGCAAUGCAGGAGAGAGGCAAUGUCAUAAGUGGUGGCUGGCUGGAAGAUCACACCGCAAUCCUCAUUAACCACUUCUCCUCCUUGAUGCAGGUGGAAGUUGACCGAUGCCAGGAUACGCUACGUCUCCUGCGGGAUUACUAUAAAGGCAUGGAAGGCGGCCUCCUUCCUGAAGCCAGCAUGGACUUUGCCUGCAUCCCCCUGGUAGACACUGUGGAGGAGGAUCCAAAGCAUGACACAGAAAGGACAAUGAGUGCAUCUGGCUUGGCCAACUCUGAAAGGCAAGUGAAGAGCGCCGGGCAGAAGGAAAAUGAGGCGGAAGAUAAGAAGCCCAAAACUGAAAAAAUACCCUUGAUAUCUAGAAGGCCUCUGUCUUCUGACCCCAGUGGAACAAAGCUGAAGACUGGAUUAGCAGACCUCAAAUCAAAGGAUGAGCAACUGGUGAUGGAUAUAUGGCAGGCAGCCUGGACAGCCAUUUCCAAUAUGAUGUCUGCAGAGAUCCAGCAAAAGGAGGCAGAGGAGGAAGAGGAGCGCCUUCGGAGUGCUGAGAGAGAACAACACAGAGCCUCGCAGGUCUCCGCCAUGCUCAGUGCUGGGCAGGAGAAGAAGAAAAGCCCAAAGAAAAAAGGGGCUCCUUCGCCAGUCCCACAGCACACCCCUCCUCCAGCACCCGAGGAAGAUGCUGGAGAGCUGAGGAAGAGGGCAGUGAAACUCAGGAUCAGACAGGAGUACCGUGCAGCACUGGAGCACGAAGAGUCUGCGGUGAAAGUGAGGCUUGAACAGAUAAAAUCGAAGUCUUUAGCUGUUGUUCGGGACUUGCUACAGAAGGCAGACAAUGCUUACAAGGAAAUGGAGGAGUGGCUUGGAGCAAGGUUCUUGGCAGAAAUGACAAGUAUCGAUCGUCUCACGGAUGUGGCUCGCCAUCACAUCGAGUCGUCAGCUCAGAUCGGGAACGAGCUGGUGCUUUCCUGUUCCGACUUCUUCGUUGACGGGGACUUGAAAGUGGUGCCCAGCCCAGAGCCGGCCCCACGGCCCCCUCCACUGGAGACACCCAUGAACAGCACCCUGACCAUCGCGCAGCUCCACACCUUCCACUGCCAGCUCUGUACAGCUGCACCAGCAGGUGUUCUGUCAAGUAGGGAUUUUUUUGACAUGCUGCAAGAUUUAACAUCUUUGAAGCUGGGAAGUGACCUUCUUCCUGACCCCUGGCUGCAGCUCUCAGGUGCCCAGAUACAGGAGCUAACAUCCCUACUGACCCUGGACUCGGAGCUCAUUGACUGGCGCAAAUUCCUGCUCCUGGCUGCUCAGCCAUGGCCUUACCCUUCACAGGGAGAUCUGCUCCACACGCUGGCCAGGUUCAAAGCCCUCGAUCCUGACUCCACAGGGUUUAUAACAGAAGAGCAAUUUGACCAGACUGAGCUGUGGUUUGACAGUCAAACUGAACUUCCUGUGCCCGAGGACCCAACAGAACCCUUGCCUUUCAACAGAAUGGCCAAUCUGAAAAAGUUUUUCUUCGUGCUGUUUGCAGAUCGCCAGGCCCCAGUCGCAAGGCUGGACUACGUGAACAUGCUGCUGUACUUUGCGUCACACCCAGACCCAGUUCAGGGGGUUCACCGCGCCAUGAGCAUUGCCACUGGAGAGCGGAUCUCCCAGAGGAAGACCAGCUCCAGGCUCUUGCAGUCAGUGCUUCAGAUCGAUGAAGACGUGGACAUCAAGGUGCCAGAGGCUGGGACAGAGGAGGACCCAGGGGCUGAGGAAGUAGGGGGAGUGACCGUCACCGCUCUGCUGAGGGUGGUGUGUCACGGCGGUGUCAUGAUGGAAAAUCAGAACAGAUUUCGCUCUCAUGGGAAGACAAAGGAGGAGUAUAAAGAGGAUUUCUGUAGGAUCUACAAGGAGCUGGGAUAUGAGGACCAGGACAAAAUCCCUUUUCAAGUCCUUUCUCAGCACCCAUUCAUGCUAGACCUGAUCGAGAACAGCAUCCAGUAUAAACUCGUUGAUAUCCACAAAAUUAUCCAGACUCAGCAAAGUGAAGGCGAAUCCCAGUGUCCAUCAUCUUAAAUAUCUCCGGCCUGCCAUCGGAUCUCUAGGGGACUGAGGAAUGGCCGAAAAAUGAGCCAUGUCCUUGUUAAUGCAGUUGUCCAGUUUGAUUUUUUUGUUUGCUAUUAAAGACAUAAAAAAUAAUAAAAGAAACUACAACUA